AUGAGGGGUGCGGGUACGCCACAGGGCUCGGUGCUCUCUCCCAUGAUUUUCAACCUCAUCAUGAUCGGACUACCGGAGCGUCUCGACGCAAUAGAGGGCAUCAAUCACACGAUAUACACAGACGACGUGACCGUGUGGACCACAGUGAAUACGAGCGUCGGUGAAAUGCACGAGAGAAUGCAACAGGACGUCCGGGCCGUGAAGCGGCACCUCGAAGGCACGGGACUCGUCUGCUCUCCCGAUAAAUCGGAAAUCCUCCUGCAUAGACCACGCAAGAAAGGACCUCACCCGCAGGCUGUACUGGAUGCCCGGUGCUUGGACAUCCGCGUCAUGACGAAGGAGGGGACCCAAAUACCAACGGUGUCCAAAAUACGAGUGCUCGGCCUGUUGCUGGAAGAGAACGGUGCUAACCACGAGCUGGUAGCACGACUGCAAAAGAAAGUGGCCGCCGCAACACACCUUGUGCAUCGCGUAGCGAAAAAAAGAAAAGGGCUAAAGGAACACAACGUGACGAAGUUAAUACAUGCGUACGCGCUGAGCCACAUAGCGUAUGUCACCGCGUAUGCCGACUGGAACAGAAGCGAAACCGAGAAGCUGAACGCGGCGAUUCGUCGAGCGUUCAAGGUAGCCCUGGGUGUGCCCCAGUACACGGAAACCCGUAGGCUUCUGGAGCUGGGUGAGCACAACACCCUCGACGAGAUAGCAGAAGCGCAGAGGAUCGCGCAGCUCGAGAGGUUGUCUGGCACAAGAACGGGAAGACGCGUUCUCGACCUGCUCGGGAUUCGAUAUCAUGAGGCACGUGGACUGAAGGAAGCAUUGCUACCGGAAGUUAGGGACACUAUAUUGACAGAAAACAUCCCCAGGAACAUGCACCCCGUUCACAACUAG